UCGGAGCCGGGAGCAGAUGGAGUUUGGCCAUCACCAGGUACAGCGCUCACUCCCACCGCGUCCGCGCGCGACUCCGUGCCUCUCACGCCGCCCGCGCGCCUCGCCUGUCCCGCAGCGCUUCCUCGCGGGGGCCGGCGCUUCUCGGACUUUAUUUGCAUGCGACGCCGAGGCUGACAUCAGUCGCGCUGUGAUUUGAGUUUCCAGUCCGUCCGUUUGGAGGAGAAACAUGAGCGCGAGUGGAAACGCGACGGCGAUGUUCGGGAUGCGUUUAGCGGAGGAUCAGAUUAAAGUUCUGGAGGAGAAUUUCACGAAGGUCAGCAAACACCCCGACGACGCCACGCUGAUGCUGAUCGCAGCGGAGUGCGGGCUCAGCGAAGAGGAGACGGCGAAGUGGUUCAGGAUGCGAAACGCUCAGUGGAGGAAAGCAGAGGGUCUCCCUGCUGAACUGGGAUCAGUGAAGGACUGAUGGAAGAUCUUCAUCUACUUUGUUAUGUUUUUCUCUCUAUGCCUCGGUGACCGUCUCACUGUCUCUCUUUUCUUAUUUGAGGAUGUCUUCUUAAGUCUGAAGACCAAUAUGGGUCUUAUUUUAUUUUUUUAAUUUUAAAGUUGUAAUCUUUUGCAAAGUGUAUGCUAUAUAGCCUAUUUUUAUUGCCUUAACUAUUAAAUAUAAGCAAAUAAACUAAAUGCAUUAUAUAUAUAUAAAUA